AUGUCGGGGGCAGAAGAGUCCCCUGAGAGUACACCGCGAUCCGAUACAGCAUCCCCCCGAGAUGCAACUGCAGAGAGUUCUCCCUGGUGGACCUUUGGACUUGUUUCCGCAGUCGCUGCUGCGGCAGCGGGCACAGAGAGUGUGAACGCAGGUUUCUCUGCAGAAGAGGAGGCGGGUGAGGCCGCCACAGCAGCGUCAGUAAAUGAUGCAGGGAAGGACGGAAAUGGGGACGGCAGAACCCGUGUGCGCUUCCAUCCAGCCGCAACGGAAGGGGGGAAGGGGCCUGCCAGGAGGCAGAGGGAGCAAGAGGAUACCGUAGCGAAUAUGGGGUUUGUAGAGCUGGUGGAAAACUUGCUGCUCAGCCAUGAUAGUAGCAACAGGAGGGGCUACAGGAGCAGCAGCAUCGGCAGCAUUGCCACCGAAGUCAGCGAAGCUGACAGCGAUGUGGACUCUGUCAGCCGGCCUAUGCCAGAGGAAGAGGGAGGCUCGGAGGAAGGGGGCUGGGAGUGGGACGCGGAGGAGAUCGCUUCUUUCGCCUCUCAGAUCCAUGAAAAGAUGCGACAGCAGUUGGAACAGGAGGCUGCAUUCAUGGACAUCGCGCUGAAAAGCGGCUUCGCCGUUAUGAAGGGCGCCCUUGCUAUAGAGGAUGACACCAAGAUGCUGAUCCGCGAAGGCCGCCUUGCGGGUCUGGGGCUGACUCCCUUAGACGAUGACACGCACACGCAUCUCAACAGGAUAGACUUGAGCAUGCUCCUCACCCUUACACCGGACAACUACGAGCGUUGGCAGCAUUCCUUGUGCUCGGCGGCCCCCCAGCCAGUGCUGAGCGUCCGCUCCACACACCGCCCCUCCAACACCCGUCGCCUUUUGGGCACCAGUGGCAUAUCAGAUCAAUUGAGGUCUCCACUGUUUAAGAUGCACCGAGAGCUGGCGCUGUUGGGCAGUACGAGUAGCGAAGACUCAGUCUCCGAGUCGGAGAGUGAACACAGCAGAACCAGUAAAAAUGGUAAAAGUAGUAGUAGUAGCAGUACUAAAUUCUAUCUCUAUGACUCUGCGGCUGCGGCUGCAGCAGAGGAAUGUGCUCGCCAACAGCCGGACAAAUUGGGGGAAGUAGUGCUUUCCGCGCGCGGGGCAACGAAGGCAACCACAGCUGCUGCUGUUGUUGCUGCAGUUCCUCGUCCAGUAUAG